AACUAAUUAAUAUUCAUGAGCAAAGCAGUCACAGUCUUAACACACACACACAACCAUUCAAGGAAAACGACCAUUUUAAAAUUAGGCUACAUCUUCAAAAGUAUGCUUUCAAAAAAUAAAAUGAAGCUUGAAACUCAGGAACAACACUUUCACAGGGAAAGAUCAUUACGGAAGUUUUUUACGGGACUGUGUCUGCUGGUAAUCGUGUGUUUUCUGGUUUUAUGGUCUUUUACAAGUAAUGAAUGGAAGAAACACCCUCCACCCAGCUUUUUGUCUGUGCACUUUGCAGGACUCUAUACAAACUCCACUUCUCCUUCAGUACUCAGUUCAGAAGAGUCAAGCUCAUUUUACUCUGAAUUAGAAAUCAAUUUUGACGACUACUCCAGGUUACAGCAGGCUGUUUACUGGGCUGGGCCUGACAGAGAAAUCACAAAUAUGUCCAUGACUACUAGUCCAGGCCACACCAAAUUUAUCAUUCAGGACCUGAAAGAGAGCUAUCAAAUUGGUGAGGAGCUUUAUGUUAUGGUGCACGCAAAGGAUUUUGACAACAAAUCCAAGUGUUAUGGAGGGGACUUUUUUCAAGCCAAGCUAUUCUGGUCUAAAACAAAGGCCAGUGUUUUUGGGGAGGUGGUGGACCUGCUCAAUGGCUCCUACUCUGUACGUUUCCUCCUGCCGUGGGUCGGCGAGGCACAGGUGGCUGUGCGUCUAAUUCACUCCAGUGAAGCUGUGCAGGUCCUGAAGCAUCACAGAGAUACUGACUCUGACAGAGUCUUCUUUAAUGGAUAUUAUGAGGGACCAGGACCAAAUAAGACCAGGCUGAGUGAAACUGUGAAGUGUAAUGUAAAGUGGGACAAGAAUGGACUAGAGCACAUGGGAACAGGAGACUGCUGCUGUGAAUACAACGAUCCCGGCACCGGAGAAUCUUGGCGCUGUCAGAGACCCAAAUCGCUGCCAUGCAGUGCCCUUGUGUACCACUCUAUGGGUGGUUAUAGAAACCAUCUGACCAAAACGGAGAAGAUGUUUAUGUGAGAU